CAAAGUAUCUCUGGACAAAAAAUACUGUUAUGGCUCCGAGCAAGAUGGCGGCUAAACAGAACUCAGAAAAGACUCGCGGGAAGAAGUGCAAGGGAAGAAACUCGAGAAGAAGGAUAAGGCGGAUCAUAAAGAAGUUGAGGGCAGAGAUGGAGGAGAUAAGGGCGGAGGUGGAGCUGAUCCGUCGGAGACAAAAGCAUUUCGAAGGCAAAAGUGUCUUCCAAGGAGAUAAAGCUGAAAUGGGAAGACUUUGCACAGGCAAGAAACCGACCAAGAAAACUGGACCAGAUGGAACUGCAGCCAAGCGCAGAGAACUACUGAAGGUGGGUAUAAAGGAGAUAGGCAGCAGAAAGCAUCAGAAAAGGCUUCACUUCAAGCGAUUUGAUAAACAGCUUAGGAAAGAAGAGAAGACUCUCCAGGGGAUGGAAGCAAAAGCAGCACAGGCAAGGGCCGGAACCAGUAGCAUGAGAGAGGAAACAGCGGCUAUGGUAGAAGCUAUGGACGACAAAAAGGCUGAACUGGAGCUUUUGAGGUUGCUGCAUAUUCACCUUUUCAAUGAAAUGGUUCUUCUCUCAGAAACAGAAGAAGAGGAUAUGGAGAUCCUACUUUCCUAAAUCAGGGGACUGAAAUAUUGCAAGUUAAACCACCAGGCCCUGCUAUUUCUCCUUCAACCUGUGUAAAAUUGAUCUCCUUCAAGGGUUCUGUCUGGCCAAAAAAUAAGAAGUCCUACGUUUCUGCUUUAACUGUUUAUGGUAUUUCUCCUUAAUAAGUCUGUAUAUCUUCUGUCCAUGUUAAUAAGGUUUCAAUAUCUAACUUCUGUUUGGCCAGAAAAGACAGAAUCCCUAGUCCACACUCCUGCCAUAUCUGUCUAUACGCUAUUUCCCCUGUAUCUGUACAUAAAAUUUACUUUCUUUGUGUUAAUGAUAAAUUUUAUUCUCUAGG